CACGUGUGUGCACGUCGGUAUACUAAGGAGGAAUGGACAGUAUUUGCCUUUUGAUGACACUGACUAAUUACUGAUGUAAUGAUCAUUGUGACGUGAAAGAUGGUUCCUCCUUUCAGCGCUUUAUUUAUCUAUAUAUCUAUAUAUAGGAGCAGCCUGAUGUAUGAGACUCUAUGAGGUCGUAGAAGACUGGAAAUAACAUCGAGCAGCUACUUGUGGACUUUUGUUUUUUCUCUUCCCAAACGAAGUUAAGUGCCUACAAUGAAACCUCAGGACAUUACAAAGGAAAAGAGCAGCCUGUGGAUAUUUGGCUAUGGCUCCCUAGUGUGGAAACCCGAUUUUGAACACAAGAGAAGAAAAAUAGGGUACAUUAGAGGAUACAAGAGACGGUUCUGGCACGGAGAUGACUUUCAUCGAGGGGACAAGGAAAAGCCAGCCAGAGUUGUCACACUAAUAGCAGAUGAGGAGGCUUGCACGUGGGGCGUGGCCUAUGAAGUGACUGAGUGCCAGGUCGAAGCGUCUCUUCAGUAUUUAAACAUGAGAGAGGUUGUCCAGGGCGGGUACAUAACAGAGAUGGUGGAAUUCAUUCCUAAAGACGGUCACGGUUCAGUGUUGUCCCUUGUUUACAUCGCCACACCUGACAACCCCAUCUACCUCGGGCCGGCCUCGGACGGGGAGAUUGCCGCCCAGAUUGCCAUCUGCAGAGGCAACACCGGCCACAACAUUGAGUACCUGGUCCGCCUUGCAGAAUUUAUGAGGCACCACUGUCCGGAGGUGGAGGAUGAGCACCUUUUCUCUAUCGAGACAGCUGUUUUGAACAUUUUCAGCAACUGCAGAGAGCUCAGAUCCAACGACAGGAAAUCACUGCUGCUGGAAGUUAUAUAAAGAGUAAACUCCGCUUUUUAUGAAAAUAAUUUUCAUUUUAGUGGAAAAACAAAUGAAGUCUUGGUAAAUAUUUCAAGGGUAAAUGGUGCUUAAAAAGGAAAUACUUUAUUUGGUUUCAACUAAAAGGGAGAAAACUAUCUCAUGUCACUCGGAAAUCUGUGACAUUCUCAUCUCAUCUCAUUUUUCAACUGUUCACUUUAAUAUGUAGGCGACUCUCAUUGUAUUUCAUAUUGCACACAAAAAUCAGCACGUCAUGUUUUUAAGAUUCCACACUAUCCACAGAGAAGGUCUGACAUUUUUACGAUAUGUUAUGAUAUUGUAACCUUGUUAAUAUUAUGAAAUGUUAAUGCACAUUUUUUAAAAUAAAGUUUUUGAAUAAAAACAUACA